AAUGAUGCGCUGUUCUGGUACAAUCUGCUCAAGCAUGGAGAUGGAGAUUCAAGGACACGCCAUGCAGCUUGUCCAGUCCUGGUCGGAGUGAAAUGGGUUUCAAACAAAUGGAUUCACGAGCGAGGAAACGAGUUCCGUCGUCGCUGUGGAGCGAAGAUGUCCGACUAUGAACGGUUUGUCGGAGAUCUUGGCUUUGGACCAGAGCCAAAAUACGCGCCAAACCUGAGUCCGGUGUUGUCUAAGGAUAUUUUCAACACUAUCUAA